UCGUGCAAUGGAAGUGUUCAAAAUUUAAAAUCACGCCGGAUGUUCCUUUAAUGAUACGCACAGUUUCGUUUCCGUUUUCAUUUUUUUUCUGAGUAAGCUAUGAAGAAUAGAAUUAUUUUCUGAAAAACUGCAUGAUAUUAAUUAUGGCUGAUUACUCGAAAUUCCUUAAACAGUUUCAAAAUUUGACUAAAUUUCUAAGUGAUGCAAUCUGUAUCCUUAUGAUUAGAACAGCCGAUAAGAAAAUUGGCCUGCAAAAUUAUGAUAAUGAUGGUUGGUGGUUUCCGUAUAGAAAUCUUGAGCCUGGUAAAUCGUGGGGUAUGUGUGCUGAUGACAUCUUACAGGCAAAUGGAUGUUCUGGAAAAUCUGGUAUGUCAUGUUGUCAUAUUCAAUACCAUUUAAAUGCACCUGCAGUAAAAAGAGUGAUAUUUCUUGCAGAAGUUGAGCAAAUUUCAGAGAGCUCUAAUAUUAAUUGGUUCUCAACUACUGAAAUUGAGCUGAUGUCUAAAACUGAAUUGAAAGGAAUGGAACCUGUAAUACUUAUGAAAACGUUGAAAGAAAUAUCCCAACCUUAUUGCAGUUAUUCUGAGUACAGUGUGAAUGGUGCCAUUGUAAGUCAGAUGCAAGAGAUUGACAAUAUGCCUAAAUCUAGCUAUGACAUGCUGCUAGAAUCAGCUGGUUUUACUUCUGAAGGACAAGCUUUGAUUUACUAUGACUUUAUGUGCCAUGUAUAUCCUUGCGAAACUAUGAAUGUACAUUCUUUUAAGAAUUACAUGAGAUCCUUUAACUGGGGAGAGGAAGAACUGAUAGCAGAAAAGAACAUUAAAUCAUUAUUUAGAGCUUUUGAUCUGAAUUCUUAUGGUCAUCUAACCCAUAAAGAUAUGAUAGUUGGUUUGGCUGCAAUGAAUCAGUGUACUCAACAUGGAGGUCCACCUGCAGAAAUCCGUUGCCGUUACAUUUUUCGUUUUUAUGACAGCAACAGUGAUGGCUUCUUAGAGAACAGUGAAUUUCGGUCUCUUCUUUCUGAUAUAAAUCGUCUGAAAGGCAUCACAAUGGAUGAAGAAGCUCUUGAUAAUGCUGUUAAAACCCAUUCCAAAACUUUUCAACUUCAAGGAUCUGGAAAACUUACUCUGACAAAUUUUCUCCUAACAGUUGGACAGCUGAAAUUUCGUGGAACAUCAUGUCUAUUUAGAGCCCCAGAAUCAGUAAUUUAUUCCAUAUUACAUAAAAGAGGUUUCACUGUAAUGCAGAAAGAAGAGACUUCAUCACUUAAAAGACCACGAUUAAGUACAACAGAUAGCCAAAAUGGAUCUCUGCUAGAAGGGAAGUAUGACUUAGCAACACAUUCUGUGAAAGUCAAACGCUCAGGAACUUUAGUAGAUGUUAAUUCACUUUGGGACAUGGAAGGAACUUCUGCUCUUAGCAAAAGUGUUAAAUUCCCUUCCAGAUUAAGAGUUGAAAGAGUAUCAUCUGUGGAUUCUUUUAAUCUUCAGUCACAAGCAAAUGAAAUGCUUCAAGGUCUUUCCUAUUUUGAACAUUGUGUGAAGCAGGAAGAUGGUCUGAAGCGUACACCAAAAGAAGCAUUUAGCUGGGGUGCAACAGAUCGUGGUGCUCUGGCAAGAUGUCUUUUGACUAUCUGCCAUACAGUGUAUGAAAUACUUAGUAGGGAAAAGAGACUUAUUCGUGUGACUUCACCAACUUAUGUUUUAGGUGAUAUUCAUGGUAACUUCUCAGAUUUGGUAUGCUUUGAGAAAACUUUAUGGCGUAUGGGCCCUGUCCUCACUCCUGCAACUUUUCUUUUCCUUGGUGAUUAUGUGGAUCGAGGGCAACAUGGUAUUGAGGUUGUUGCAUAUCUUUUCUGUCAAAAAAUAUUAGCACCUGAAAAGUUUUACCUUUUACGAGGAAAUCAUGAAGUUCGUGCUAUUCAAGAGGCAUUUACUUUUCAUAAAGAGUGUUUGAAAAAAUUUGGGUAUGAACAUGGAUUAGAAGUCUGGAAUGCUAUCAAUGAUUGCUUUGACGUUAUGCCUUUGGCUGCAGUUAUCGAUGGCAAGGUAUUUUGUGUACAUGGCGGCAUUCCACCACCAUGGAUUGGUAAUGGUAGGUUGGAUGCUAUUAAUGAGAUACCCAAACCAUUGCCAAAUCCUGAAACAGAUAGCCCUUUAGCAUGGGAACUAAUGUGGAAUGACCCCAUGAAUCUGGACAAUAUUACACCAGAGAUCGAACAACAACUCAAGAAAAAUAAUGGAUUUCUAUCUAAUGUUAAGAGGAAUACAGCUCAUGUAUUUUCUGUAGAAGCUUUAGAAAAUUUUUUGAACUGCAAUGGAUUAUCUCAUGUUAUUCGAGCUCAUGAAGUUCAGCAGGCAGGUUUCAAGGUUCAGUUAAAUGGAAAAUUACUUACCGUUUUUUCUUCAUCAAAAUAUUGUGGUGGCUCAAAUGAAGCUGCUUGUGUUUUAGCAGACCGCUUAAAACUGAGAACUAUUCGUUUGGAUACUUCAUGAAACAUUGUUCUGACAGAUGAAUUCUAAUAUAAAGAACUAUUGAUAAUAAUUUGAAUUAAUUUUUAAAUGUUAAUUGAAUCUGAUGAGCUUAUUUUUCUGAAAGAAAAGUGCACUUUUUAUGCAUAAUAUAAUAUGUAUUUAUUGUUAUCACUUUUGUGAAUCAUAAAUCCUAUUUCUUUCAAACAUCUGUUUCUUUAAUUUUACAUACAUUUUAUUAUAAGUGUAUUUAUUAAUGUAUUUAUAAAUGUAUUUUGUUAAAUAUUGAGAUUUUAAUAGAAAAUGUAUUUUGUUAAAAAAGAUUUUCAUGUUUCCUAAAAAAGUUACUUCAAAAUCGUGAUAGAAGUUUUAUUCUAGUUUUGAUUUUAAUUAAGUAUAUUAAAAUAAUUAAUAAUAGAGUUUCCAGUAUUUUAUAUAACAUUUUCAGUUCAUUUCAAUUACCUUAUUUAAUAUUCUGUAAUGCAAAUUUAUACAUCUUUCAUCCUUGUGCACAUAUGUAUAUCUUUGUGACCAAGUGAUGUUUUGUGAGUACUACUAUUUACAUUCCAUCUUCACUAUGUAUAUUUACAUGUAUAUAAAUUUAUUAAGAUUUCUAAUAUACCUUCAGUGAAAAUAUAUUAGUAUCCCUUCUGUUUAUGGGAGUGCCUGACAGUGAGUAAUUAUUAAUAUAAAUGUUAAAAUUCUUAUUUGUUAUUGUUGUUAUGAAGUCUGACAAUAUGUUUAAAGCAAAAAUAGUUUUAUAUUGUAAAAAGCAGAUAACAUUUCAUUAGAUGUACAUAGUUCAUGUAAUUUCAUUUACAUCCAUUUUCCAGCUGAUUUCAAUAUAUACUUUUUUUCCUUUUUUUACCCUUUCUCCCCCCUUUUUUAGAUUGAUUUAUAAAGAAGUUUUCCGUUAAAAUCAGUAAAAUGACUUUUUUUAAAAAAUUUUAAUAAAUUUUUAAUCUAUAAGUAAAUGUAAGUAGGAAGUAGUUGUUUUAAUCUAAAAUCUUUAUGUUAAUUAUUACUUCGCUAAUGAAUACUUAUUUUCUUCUUAUUAAUUAAAUCUUUUAUUAACCUUGACUUAUAUGACUGUCUAGCUGUCUUCAAAUCAUAAAACUAAAUGAUUCAUAUUCAUUUAAUCUCGAAAGUUGAUACUUUUAGAGUAGAUGGAAACCUGAUAAUAAAAGAUUUUUACUAAUGUCUUUGAAUUUGGUAGUUAUCUUUCACUGACAAUUUUGAGUUUUGCUCUUUGUAGAGUAUCUCAGAAACCAUCAUUGAACAGAUUUCUGACUUUUUGUUUCAGAAUUUUAAAAAUUUGAUGGCUAUCUUAGAUUUGCCUUCCUGGCAUAUAUACUUUUUAUCAAUGUGUAUGUUCACAAUCGGUAAACUGAAUUUUUGUUAUUGACCUAUAAGAAACUUAAUACUGUAAGCUUCCUUUUAGAUCUUAAAAAUUUAACGAAUAUUAUUAAUAAAAACAGUAAAAUAAAAUAUAUAAGAAAAAUUAAAAUCAGACAAAAGGGUAACUUUGGAUUGCCCUAGAUUUUGAAUGAAACUAUCAAUUUCAAGGGCAGUGUAAUGCAAGUCCCUUUCUUACUGGAGCAAAAAACUUACAGCAAUCUAAGAUCGCCCACCCCCAAUCCAAAUUUAACAUUUUUCAUUGGUAUGUUUCUUCUUUUCCAGUUAAACAUAUAUAAAAGUUUAUUAAAAUUAAAUACUUUUAUGCUGUGGAACUUUAUGUUAUCAAAGAGCAAUGCGAAUAAUUAAAAACAUUAAUAAUUGUAUUAAUAAUUCAGUGAGUUUAUAUGUUGGAAAUAUGAAUGCUUCUUAUGUAUGUUAGUUACAGGCUAAUAUUAUUUUUUAGAAUAUUUAAUAAUUAUGUAUUUCACAUUGAAUGUGCAAUGAAAGCAAAUUAUUAGACUGCAUAAAAUAGUGGGUUUUUUCCCCCUGCAUAAAGAGUAAUAGUUUUAAGAUAGCAGCGAAGAAUUAAUAUAUUUUACCACUAGCCUGUAACUAAUGCCAGCAAGGGGCCGUCAUGUGUUCAAUAAAACAACUCACUGACUGUUAAAAAAAUUCUUUGAUAUUUUUAACACAUUUUACAAUAUGAAAGUAUUUAAUUUUAAAAAGUCAUCUUUUUAACAUCAUCUUAUCAUGACUGAAUGUGUGCUUUCAUAUUCUAUGUUUUUUUAAAUAAAUUUAACUUUUUACUUAG